AUGUCGUAUUUGGAUGGUUUAGAGCAAUGUGUUAAUUCCUUACAAGCUAGCAUAGAUACACUCUCCUCGAGCAUCGUCACCCUAGACUCAGGAAUACAUGACUUCCCAAGAAUCAAAAAAGUUUUAAAAGUCCAGCGACACUUUCGUUUGAUAUCCGAGCAGCAACUCCAAGAACGUCGUCAAAAAUUUGAUGAAUCCAUAAAGCCUUACUUGCUACAGGCUUUCCAAAAACUAGAAGAGUCCAUAUCCUCACUACAACGGCAAGAAGAUAGUUUAAGGACAAAAUACGAGCUACAAGAAGCUCGUCUGGAUAUGCUGAAAAAUCGACCUCCUAUAACUGCACUACCUUUAAAUUCAGACACCACUGAUCAAUUGAAAAUAACGAUAGCUAAACGUCAAAAAUUGUUGUAUACUUUAGAAAGAUACGAUUUACAGCUGCGACAAAAACGAGGAUAUUAA